AUGAACGAGAAGACUGGCACAACAAGAAAAAGAAAAAAUAUUGCUGUUCAUGCUUAUUUGUGUCAUAUUGGUAGCUUUCUUCCUGCUUUAAAAGCCAAAGUUGGAUUAUUGAACCAUAUCUACACGCGAAUUUCUUCGACAGAGUCAAUAGUCGCAAAUUCUUCUUCAUUUAUGAAUGAAUUAAGAAGGUUAGUCACAAUAGUUGGCAACCCCUCCUCAGAUUCACUAAUUAUAUUAGAUGAGGUUGGGAAAGGAACAACAGAAUCAGAAGGAGUGGCGAUAUUGGCUGGAUGUUUAAAUUAUUUUUUUUCUCAAGGUGAAAGUUCCCCCCAUAUUAUUAUAUCAACGCACUUAGAUUCCAUAAAGGAUUACCUUAACAAAGACUUAUUUCUGGCUACACAUGAAAUGGACUAUGUUUUGGAUGGUGUAGAAUUUUCUUUUCUUUACACUGUAAAGCAAGGUGGAGUCCCAUCUCAUGAUAAAGACAUUAGCCUAUUUUCUCUUGAUGUUCCACAUAACCUGGCGAUAGCGGCAAAAGAGGUAUUGAAAUCAAUAAGGAAAGGCAAAAACGUUAUACCUUCCACAAAAAUAAGGAAACAACAAACUGAAAGAAUUUGCCAAUAUCUUCAGAAACUAGCAAGGAUUCAUCCAAUAAGUAAAAGUUCUAUGCAUGCAUUACAGCAUAGUAUAAACUCUUUUCUGUAA